CCCGCGCCCGGCGUGCGCGCCGAGCUGCGGCCCUUGGCGGCCGGCGAGCUGGGCGGCCUGAGCCAGCCCCAGCUGGUGGAGCUGGUGCAGUGGAGCGACCUGAUCCUCUUCGACUACCUGACGGCCAACUUCGACCGCCUGGUCAGCAACCUCUUCAGCCUGCAGUGGGACGCCCGCGUCAUGCAGCGGGCCACCAGCAACCUGCACCGGGCGCCCGAUGGGGGCCUGGUCUUCAUCGACCACGAGGCCGGGCUGGGCCACGGCUACCGGCUCCUGGCUGUCUGGGACAAGUACAACGAGCCCUUGCUGCGCUCCGUGUGCGUCUUCAGGGAGGCCACGGCCCGGCGGGUGGCGGAGCUGCAUCGCCUGCAGAACGCCGCUGCCGAGCUGCUCCGCCUCUACCGGACUCGGGAGCCCCUCUCGGCCCAGCUGGGCUUCCUUUCGGAGCAGCAGGCCAGGCUGCUGCAGAGCAGGAUAGACUUUGUCCACAAGCACAUUUUGCACUGCAAAGCCAAGGCUGCGGCGGCACUGUGAUGGGUUUCUCUCUUGGACCCCCCUCUCCGCAACCCCCCCACCACUAACCUCCCCUCCCCACCCCUGUAUUUAUGUAACCCAAGGGUGAAGAGCGGGCUUUCUCCCUUCCCUCCCUCUGGCCUUUGUUUGAAGCAGCAACAAGGUCUGGGAGUCUCUGAACACGAGACGGAAAUGUUCACUCGGGAUCCCGUUUCCUCGUGGGGGAGAGGCAUGGGCUUAGUCUGGUCGAGCACGGGGCUGGGAUCUAGGAGCGCCCAAGCUCUUAUCCUGGGGCUCCAGGUCCAGAGAGUUGGGCACCCUCGGUUCCCAUUGACGUCUGAGGAGAGCUGCUGGAGCCUGGUAACCUUUCCAAAUUCAGCCAGUUGACGUGGUUGCUUUCGGGACCAAUCUUGGGAGAUGCUAGGGUCCCCUCUGCUCUCUUUUGGAGCUCAAAGGGAGUUGAACGGACUUUGCAGAAUGCCUCUUCAUCAGUAGGGUUGGACCCUCCCUCUUCUGUGGCUUUUAGUGCCUCAAUUCGCUUGGAAUACAUUGGCCUUCGGGCUCCAAUUCUGCUAGAUAAGGAGCCACUUCUCUGCAUGGACACUGUUGCUGGCCUACAGGAACAGACCCUUUCUGCUUGUUGCAUCCAGAGAGGAUGGCUCAUACUUGACUACCUGCCUCCCAGGGCUUUUGUGGGAAGUAUUUAGCAAAUGUUUGUAAAGACCUCUGAAGGUGAAAAGUGUUAUCAGUGUCACUGUAUCUUUUUGUAUUAGUUCCACAUUGGGUCUCUCUUUCCAGAAUUUGAAGGGGAAAAAAAUCAUCUUUAAGUAUUUCCCUUAACAGUUUGCUCAGUAAACUUCUCUUUUGCUCAGUUUGCUUCUCUUAAGAAAAAAAACAAACUGAAAAAGCAAUUGUCUUUAUCUGCUUCAGGAUACCACCUUUUUCUUUCAAUGGAGGCAGGCAGUUACGCUGAUGUAUUCUAUUUAAAAAAGUAAUUGACAUUCAUAGACCAAGAACUUAUUGCACAGUAGGGAAGCCCUUGACUUGCAAAACUGCCCUAUCCGUGGAAGUUCUCUUCCUAUGGAUAUUCCUAGCCAGACUGGACCUACUAACCAUUUGUUAACCUUUUUGAUGACCAUGCAUAAGCAAGCCCAUAUUCCAGUAGUUCUUCACCUCUGUUAGUGGAAGCAUCUGGUAAACUAUUUCAGUUUAUAAGUAUUGUCUGUUGUUUGUAAUCUCUGUCAUUUGGUCUGAACGCUAAAAUAACUGACUAAUGGGUGACAAAAGAAAACUUCCCAGGUUUUAAAAUAGUAUCAGUGUACUAAGAACUUGACGUAAGAGACAAACUGGAAAAAAAAUCAGUUUCAUGCACUUUACUUUGACUCUUUUAUUUUUUAUAAAAAGACCUUUUUUUAUUUUACAAAGUCUGUCUUCUUUGUACAUUAUAUAUGGUCAUAAGCUCUUCUGUAACAUACUAAAGAAACUGAUAUUUCAGUAAAGUGUGUUUAAUGUUUU